UUUGCUCCAAAGCCAGACAAGACAAUUAAUAGCUAUUUAAAUCUUAUUUAUAGUAAUUCUAAAGAUAAUGAAACUGAUGAUAAUAUAUUUGAUGAUGAUAUACCUUUUAAUAACACUGAAUUACAAAAUAUAAAUCAAGUUGCUGAGUUAGAAGAUGUAGACCAAGUUGAGUAUUUGCUAUUAGCUACUACUACUGGGUUGUUAGAUAAA